AUGAAUUAUCAAUACUCUCCAAUAUUCCCAUUACUUACAUUAGCGUUAUUACUACUAUCAUCACCUCCAUGUCGUGCAACAUCACACUCUUCUUCUUCCGUCAACAAUUUUCUCCAAUGCAUUGCCAGCAAAUCCGCAUUGUUGCUCGAAUCAGUUUACACCCCUUCUAAUCCCUCUUUUGAUCUCGUUCUCCGAGCAUUAAUCCGAAACCGUCGGUUCUUGACGCCUCAGACGCCGAAACCGGUUGCGAUUGUGGCUCCUACUCGUGUCUCCCAUGUCCAAGCUACCGUUGUUUGUGCGAGGGAUACCGGCGUGCAGAUCAGGAUCCGAAGCGGCGGCCAUGAUUACGAGGGCCUAUCGUAUAGAUCAAAUGUCACGUUCGUCAUUCUUGACAUGUUCAAUCUUCGAUCGAUUAAAGUUGUUGUUGAUAAGGAGUUUGCCUAUGUUCAAGCCGGUGCGACACUCGGUGAACUUUACUAUAAAAUUGCUAAUCAAAGCAAUGUCCAUGCCUUCCCUGCUGGAGUCUGCACUGGUCUUGGCACUGGUGGUCAUUUCAGCGGCGGUGGAUACGGUAACUUGAUUAGGAAAUACGGGCUCUCGGUCGAUAACAUUGUUGAUGCUCUAGUUGUUGAUGUCAAGGGAAAGAUCCUCAACCGGGCAUUGAUGGGUGAGGAUCUUUUCUGGGCCAUUAGAGGAGGUGGUGGAGCAAGCUUUGGCGUCAUUGUCGCAUGGAAGAUCAAGCUGGUUCGUGUUCCAGCAAAAGUGACGGUAUUCAACGUGCCAUUCACAUUAGAACAAGGCGCCACCGAUGUCGCCUUCAAGUGGCAACAAGUUGCACCGAAACUGCCUGAUGAUCUCUUCAUAAGACUACAACCAACUGUUGUAAACGGGACUAUAGUUGUUAAGUUCAUCGGUAUGUUCCUAGGAGAAUCCAAUCGACUUGUUCCACUGGUGAAUCGAAGCUUCCCCGAGUUGAAUCUUAUGAAAUCAGAUUGUAAAGAAAUGAGUUGGCUCGAAUCGAUUCUUUACUGGGACAAUUUCCCUCCUGGAACACCGGUCGAAGCUCUACUCAAUAGGACACAAGGGGCGCGAGGCUAUUCGAAGAACAAAUCGGAUUACAUCAAGACUUUGAUUCCGAAAUCGGGUUUGGAAACCAUAUGGAAGUUGUUAAUCGAGUUGGCGAAUACUACGACCGCGAACGUGAUAAUGCAAUGGAAUCCAUACGGAGGAAAAAUGAGUGAAAUCCCGGCAUCAAGCACUCCGUUUCCCCAUAGAUCAGGGAACUUGUUCUUGGUUCAGUACAUUGUUUUCUGGGAUGAAGAAGGGCAAAACGUCACUGACCGGAAUGUCGAUCGAGUUCGAUACAUGCACGAUCGGAUGUCUACGUUCGUGUCAAAAGAGCCGAGGGAAGCGUUUCUGAAUUAUAGAGACAAUGACAUCGGUAGCACUGCAAGUGAUGAGACCAAUUUCAGUGAUGCUCUGGUCUAUGGGAGCAAGUACUUCAAGGAUAAUUUCCCGAGGUUGACGACGGUCAAAGCUAUGGUGGAUCCCUCCAAUUUCUUCAAGAAUGAACAAAGUAUUCCUCCAAACAUCAACUGA